AAAAAAAGGAAUAGGCUGGCAACGAAACAAUUGCAAGAAAUUGACUUUUUUUCAGAAAAUUAUAUUAAUAUUAAAUUUUAAUUUUUUGCUUUGCUUAUAUCUAUUGAAAAACAAUGGCAGAUCCUUAUGGCGAAAUUCAACCAAAUAUGCCGCCAGGUGCCAGCGGAAUGCCACCGCCACCAAUUAUGGCAGGACCACCACCAGGUAUGAGACCACCCCCGCCUUUAGUGAUGCCCAAUGUAGUCAAUAAUUUUCCAAAUCAACAAAUACCUCCACGACAACCGUGGAAUAAUCCACCUCCAGUUGUAGAUGCCAACAAAGGGCCGCCGGCAACACAGCCUCCGCCAUUGGCUGAAGUUAAUACGAAUGGCAACACGGAUAGUGCGGAAAAUAACUUGAAUGGCGAGGGCUCAGAUGAGAAAAAAGAUCUAAAGCCGGCAGAAGUUGUUUUACCCAAAGCAUUGGAAGAUGUUUUAGCUUUGAAAGACCAACGAGCGGCUGAAUUUAAUAUUAAUUCCGAUGAUUUUACCAACAACGAUGCUAGUGGUCAACUGGUAAAUGACUAUGAUGCUGGUGAUGAUUCCGAAGAAGAGGGCGAUUUUCAAACAAAUGGUGGUGUUACACCUAAACCGGGAAAACUUAGUAAAGUCGAGAAAAACAAAAAGAAAAAGCGGCGCAAGAAGUUAAAUAAAAGACUCAAAAAACAACAGGAACAAAACAGAGCGGAAGAUACUAGCAAAGAUGAUGAAACGGCGGAAGAGAAUGAUGAAACUCAAGAGGAAAGUAAAAAUACAGAUGAAGUAACUGAGGACACUGAUAAAGACAAAAAAACGGCUACAAAAGAGAAGAAAACAGACGAGGUAAACGAAGCCACAGAGCAGGAGAUUUCAACUGAAGACGCAGAAGAUGUAACCAUUGAAUAUGUGCCGGAAAAGAUUACAAUUGCUGAUUUGGCCCCCAUGUACAGGCAGUUUUAUAGAGUAUUUGAAAUAUUUAAAUUAGAAAAUAAGCCCAAGGUUUCAGAAAAGGAUAAAAUUGCCAACGAAAGCGCCGAAAAUAAAGCAAACCAGAAAAAUUUAGCCAAUAAGUUGCAAGAAGAGGGUGAAGAGGAUGAAUUAGAUGAGGACAAUGUGGAUGAUAAAGAAAAACUAUCGAAACGUAAGCUCAAGAAACUAACGCGUCUCAGUGUGGCUGAGUUAAAACAACUGGUUUCAAGGCCAGAUGUUGUGGAAAUGCACGAUGUCACUGCUCGUGAUCCCAAAUUGCUGGUACAAUUGAAGGCCUACAGAAAUACUGUACAAGUGCCACGGCACUGGUGUUUUAAACGUAAAUACCUGCAGGGAAAGCGUGGUAUUGAAAAACCACCCUUCGAUUUGCCAGCAUUUAUUAAAAAGACCGGUAUCAUGGAGAUGAGGGAAUCGUUACAGGAAAAAGAUGAUGCUAAAUCGUUGAAAUCUAAAAUGCGCGAAAGAGUGCGUCCGAAAAUGGGUAAGAUAGACAUAGAUUAUCAAAAGUUACACGAUGCAUUCUUUAAGUGGCAAACAAAACCACGCAUGACCAUUCAUGGUGAUCUCUACUAUGAGGGCAAAGAGUUUGAGACACGCUUGAAAGAGAAAAAACCUGGCGAUUUAUCGGAAGAAUUGCGCAUUGCUUUGGGUAUGCCAGUGGGGCCAAAUGCUCACAAGAUUCCACCUCCAUGGUUGAUUGCUCAGCAACGUUAUGGUCCUCCACCAUCGUAUCCCAACUUGAAAAUCCCUGGUCUUAAUGCUCCCAUACCGGAUGGUUGUUCGUUUGGUUAUCAUGCUGGUGGUUGGGGCAAACCGCCAGUCGAUGAAAAUGGCAAACCAUUAUAUGGCGAUGUCUUUGGCACCAGUAUUAUUGACAUGGAUAAUGGUGUGGAUGAAGGUGAUAUUGAGCGAAAUCAAUGGGGUGAAUUGGAGUCUGAAUCGGAAGAAUCCUCAGAUGAGGAGGAAGAGGAAGGUGAAGACAUGACUAAUCCUGUGGAUGAAAGCGGUUUGGUUACUCCCGCCGAGGGCUUAGUUACACCCUCCGGCCUGACAAGUGUACCAGCGGGCAUGGAAACCCCAGAAAACAUUGAAUUACGUAAAAAGAAAAUUGAACAAGAAAUGGAGGACAAUGAAACCCCUGUGUUGUACCACGUUCUGCCUGAAAAACGCACAGAACGUAUUGGUGCUUCUAUGAUGGCUUCCACUCAUGUGUAUGAUGUGGGCAAUGUUAAACAGACGGCGACCAGAACAGCGGUAACUGCAGAUCGAGAGGGCACUGUGGAAUUGGCUUUAGAUCCUUCGGAACUGGAUAUGGAUAAUGAAGCCAUGGCCCAGCGUUAUGAACAACAAAUGCGUGAGCAACAGAAUCACCUACAAAAAGAAGAUCUUUCCGACAUGUUGGCCGAGCAUGUGGCUCGUCAAAAAUCAAAACGUAAACGCCAACAAGCCGAUCCAGCCAAGACUACGAAAAAAUAUAAAGAAUUCAAAUUUUAGAUACUUGUACUUGCAGUAAGUUUAAUUUAAUUUCAUCUAUCCCAAAAAUUUAAAAUUUUUUUUAAAUAAAAAGAAACCGUCACCUCACUCUGAAGAACUGUAGUGUCGGGGAACACAAUAAUAAAGUUUUCAAUAACAUUUCCAAAACAA